GUACGUGUAGCCAGCAUUCAUUUCUUUCCCCUUGGUGGCUUGCGGCACGACCCAUGCGAUGGAAAUCACUUGCUUGCAAUACUGUAGCCCGUCCUGGGCCUCAAGGUUUGCGCUACGGCUGGCUUCCGAGUGUAAUCCAUCACGAUGCCCCUGGUGAGCACUGGGCUACUGUCGAUCCGGUUAAAGCUGGCGCGAUAUCCGAUCCUCUUGACCCUCCAUUACAAGGCCUAGGAGCUUUUGAUAACGCCAGUGGGUUUUUAGCCGCCCGUCCGAUGUCCAUGUUGAUGUCAAUGGAUACGGAUUUCGACAAGGCCGGCGGGCGGAUCAGACGGGAUGGCGAUGGGGAGAAUUCAAUAAAAUGGUCUGGUGUCUGUUUCUGUACUGUAUUACUGUGGUCAGUCAGUCUGUGUGAGUGUGCGAGUGGGCUCUUUUCUGCUCGUUCACCUCGUCUACGCUGCCAAGACAGACGCCCCUGGUCAAUAGCAGAGCAAUCAAUACUAGCAAGCAUCUGCAAGUGUCUGCAAGCAUCAGCGCCGUCUUUUCAGCUGCCAACCCGCCCUCCGUGCCGUCCGAAAAAAGCAUGUCGGUGACUAUUGACUCUGCCCAGAAAGCAAUAUUGCGACCUGUGCCUGUCCGGGAGCUGCACUGCACUGCACUGGAUGGCACAUGCCGCCGAACAAGGGCCAUCACAAGCACAAACAUAAUCGAGGUGGGAGGCGUGAGUGAGCACGGGCUCUCGAUCUGCCUCUUCAGCCCGCAGCGACUAUUGCUAGGCAUGUUAGUUUCGGCUUUGACUUUUUGGCCUUUGUGAUGGUGAGGGUGAGAGUAUGAGUAAGUGUGUGCUCGUACAGUAAGAAUCGAAAACAACAGCACGACAACAGAAGGCUUGGCCAU